AUGGUCACGUGUUCAGAGAUAAUGUUGUUCAGUGUUUACAUAGAAAACACAGGUCUGUGGAAAAAGCUGUUCUUACCACAACGCUGUUUGUGUGUUGAACUUCCUCAUUCUUCGUCUGAAAUGGCUGCUAGCUGCAGGGUGAAAUUGAAUGACUGGAAAAUGGAUUCAUCUUCUGAUGGGUUCCCAGUGACCGUUUUAGAACUAACUGCCUCACAGCUAGGAUGCAAUCCAGCGGAUCAGAAACUUGCUUUCCACUUAGAUGAAGAAGAUGAGCUGAAACACCUCCGUGAAUGUUUCCAUAUUCCAAAAGUCAAGGAUCUACCUCCAACCGACUCAACUUUAGUGAAUGAAAAUGAAAGCUGCAUAUACUUUGCUGGGAAUUCUCUUGGACUUCAGCCAAAAAAAGUUAAAGCUUACCUGGAUGAAGAGUUGGAUAUGUGGGCUAGAAGAGGUGUUCAUGGUCAUUUCAAUGGUAAGCGCCCAUGGGCUUUAGGAGAUGAGUGCAUCGUGGAGCUUAUGGCUGAUAUUGUGGGUUCUCGAAAGGAAGAAGUAGCCCUAAUGAAUGGCCUGACUGUUAAUCUGCAUCUCCAGAUGUUAUCUUUUUUUAGCCCUACUCCAAGUCGCUAUAAAAUUCUUCUAGAAGCCAAAGCCUUUCCCUCUGACCAUUAUGCUGUUGAGUCUCAGCUUCGGCUUCAUGGACUUGAUGUGGAGAAAUGCAUGCUCAUGGUACAGCCACGCAAGGGGGAGGAGACCUUGAGAAUUGAAGAUAUUCUUGACAUAAUUGAGAAGGAAGGGGACUCUGUUGCUGUAAUUUUGCUGAGUGGAGUGCAGUACUACACAGGACAGCUGUUUGACAUCCCCAGAAUAACAAAGGCUGGCCAGAAAAAGGGUUGCUAUGUUGGCUUUGACCUGGCUCAUGCUGUUGGUAAUGUAGAACUGCAUUUACAUGACUGGGGGGUAGAUUUUGCCUGCUGGUGUUCCUACAAGUAUUUAAAUUCUGGAGCUGGGGGCCUGGCUGGUGCCUACAUUCAUGAGAAACAUUCCCAGACUAUAAAACCAGUGCUAAUAGGCUGGUGGGGUCAUGAAUUCAAAACUAGAUUUCUCAUGGAAAACAAAUUGCAACUAAGUCCUGGAAUCAAUGGAUAUCGGUUAUCAAAUCCUCCAAUUUUAUUGGUCUGUGCACUGCAUGCUAGUUUAGAGGUCUUUGGGCAGACUACAAUGAAAGCACUGAGAAGGAAAUCCAUUCUGCUAACGGGUUACUUGGAGUACCUGAUAAAGCAUUACUACAGUGAGGAUAAAGCAAAUCCAGAGAAACCCUUUGUAAAAAUAAUCACACCACCUCAGAUUGAGGAAAGAGGAUGCCAGCUCACACUAGUUUUUUCUGCUCCAAUCAAAUCUGUAUUUAAAGAACUGGAAAAAAGAGGAAUAGCUUGUGACAUGCGAGAACCAAAUGCUCUUCGUGUUGCCCCAGUUCCUCUCUACAAUUCUUUCCAUGAUGUACACAGAUUUAUUGAAAUCCUGGGAUCUGCAAUUACAUCUGCAAAACAAGCAGCAAACAAUGCUGCACUAUCCUGAUUUUAUUGAUGGCUCAGCUAUCAUGCACAACCGCUGAAAAAUCCCCAGAAAGUAGAAAGUGCACAAGUUCUACUUGCAGAAUUUUGCCCAGAUACUAUAAUUGGAAGGAUAGGGGGUUACAGAGAGCAGAGCUUUCCUUUCAGAACAAACAGGGAAUUCAGUCCCCUGAAGUUGUUCAUCUCUCAAGAUGUACACUGAAGGAGUCACUGGAGGCCCUGUUCUUCUACAGCAGCUUCAGGUCCCUCUGGAACCUGGCUUCAUAGCUGUCCCCAGCUGACCUGGGAAAAUCGGAGGUACAAAUCAGUGCCUGUACCAAAUACCAACCUUGUUCCAUGGGAUAUUCUGAUGUGAGGUGUGCUCAAUCUCUCCUAUUGGAGUUCCAUUUUAAUUAAAUAUUCAUUGGGCCAGAUGAAGAGUGAGAACGAUUCUACUGCCCAAUAGCUAUGGCACUCACCUGAGGAAUAGCAGCUCCCCAUUCAAAUCCCUUUUUCUCAUCAGGCAAAGUGGGGACUUGACCUGGGAUCUUCCACAUUCCAGGUGAGUACCCUAACAACUGAGCUAAAGGUUAUAAGAUACUUCUCUUCCCCUCCUCCCUUAUCAGGUUAUGUGGCAUUAGUUGCAAGAAAUUACUUAGGCCCCUGAACUGCCUGAUUCUGGGAGAGGGGCACCCAGUUGUGGGUUACAAGCAGAAGUAGGUGCCAAACUCCCAAAAAGGGGAAAGGCUUAGGACACACCUUUCUCAUCAGUGUCUCCUAUGGUGGCUCCCCACCUAGUGUGCUGGCUUUUGCUUAUUACGUUCCAAGGUGCCUAACUCUCCCCAUACAUUGUACAGGGAGCCUAGGUGAUUUCCCAGGUGCCUAAAUGUCAGUAAUGAGCAUUGCAAUGCCUAAAUCCCUUUGUGUAUCUGGCCUUAGUACCCACAGAAGGCUGUUGGUCACUUUUUCCAACUAGCCGAAGAAUAAUUUUCUAUGCUAAGCCUAGACUUUUGUCAAUAUUUGUGAAAUAUAUUUACAGGGCUUCCAACAUUUAGAAAUGAAUAACUUAUAGGUCAGCAAUUCAUAUUUUUAUGUUCCUAGUUUUUAUUACCUAACUUACUUGUCUAAGUAUCAUUUUAUGUUUCUAGUUAAAUAUAAGUGAAAAUUGAUUGGGGGUAUUUCUCAGUGGAAUUCUAUCUUUAUUUCAUCAUAAUUGCUUCAUAUUUGAAUAAUGACAGAUGAACUGCUUCAUUCAAUUGCAGUUUUAAGGCUUUGAAGUCACAAUAACUGCAAAGGAUUUAAAUCCUGAAGCCAUUAUUAUGGCAGGGAAGGCAUCAGGGAAAAUGAAAACUUAUGGUGUUGUAAUUUUCCAGCAAGAAAAGUACUCGUAUGGCUACACAGCUUCUUUCCUGGACAAUUUGCUAACCUUACUAAAAUCUACUAAACCUCAAUGAAAUGACCAGCUGGUACAACUUCUAGCACACCAAAUGUCUUCUACAGUGCCCAGAAGAAGACAUUAUAAAUGUUGAAUGAAAGUCCAUGUAUUAAGUAAGCUUCUCUAUGGUUAUUUUGAUUUAAAGUCACAUGCUAGCUACAAACCAUUUAGAAUUCUAUGCAGCUACAAUACUGUAUUUCACCAAUAAAGAGUUCAUUAGAUCUUUUUUUUUUCUCUCUGACAUUUACAUCUAGUCCUGAGUACAUGUUAGUACUCUAAGGUAUGAAUUUCAAAGUUCCCUUUAUCUCCAUGUUCAGAAAUUAAUCAAACAAUAUGAAACUGCUCUGGAAAAUAAGGAACAAAUCCUGCAUUCAAAUACGUAUCCAAAAAGUUGUUACAUUAUAACUUGAUUGCAGGGUACAAUGCAUAUAGCCACUCGCUGAGGGAAGUUAAUCAGAGUAUUAUUUACUUGUUACUUGCAUUUUACAGAAAGAUUUUAAAUACUUUGUCAUUAGGUUAAAAUAUGACCAAAUUGUAUAUCCAGCAAACUUUCUUCUGCUAUGAGGCAGCAUCAACGCAGAAGAGGCAUAGCAAAUCAUUACUCAAAGUGACUCGAAGAUGCGGAUAAGCUUUAUGCAGGAUUCCAAAGUAUGUCUGGGGACAAGGAACACUGACAACCCUUUUUCAGAAAUGAAAGGCAACUGCAUUCUUAUCAUCGCCAGGUAUAAAUACAAAGAUAUGUGGAAACUGUCCCAGUAAUUUCCUAGUUAAAGCACAUCUUAAAUAAAAAGAUCUCUCUCUCACACACACAACCAGCUGGUGAUUCCACCAAAAUUUGACAGUAAUGACUCUCUGGUGGGCCUUCAUCUUGGCCUAGUCUAGGAAGCCCUGACAUGUACCAUUUGCAACAUCUUGUAUGGGAUUCAAAAUUACAUGGAGCACCAACAAAACUGUCUCACAGAACUGAGAAUAUCCAUUACAGUGGAGAGAGUGUUGUCUAGUGGUUCCAGCAGGAGGAUGGGAUGGGACUCCUAGAUUCAAAUUACAGCAGUACAUGUGUAUCAUAAGGCUUACUGGCAAUUAAUGAUUGCAAAAUACGCUUGGAUAUGUGCACAAAAGGUCCUAAAGUCAGACAUUAUUUCAAAAAAUAAUGUGACCAGCCCCAGCCUUGACAGGUAAAAUUUAUGUGAUAUAUUUACUUUCUAUGUAAAGAGAAUACUGUGGUACAGUCAGAUAUUGUGGGUCAGUAAAUGUUUGCUUGUUUGGUUAUUUUUAAUGGAAUCCACUAGAAUGCA